AUGCCAUCUUGGCUGCCCAUGGCAUUCUCCAAAUCUCCCACCGGCCAGCCAGUGCUAUUGCUCCUCGCCCCUCCCACCUUCUCAGAGUCCCGUCCUGUGCCAUCGCCACCUCGAGCCAGCAACCCUGCCAGCGCAGCUCUGGAGGGCAGUCCGCUCACAACUCCAAGGUUCCCCAUUCCUGCCCAUGACUGUUGGUGGGUGGCGAAAAACAUGUUGGAGAGAGACCCUGCAGGUGCGCCAACAAAAGUGCCUUUCUCACUUCCAAACCUCAAGGUAGCUUUUGGCACGCCCAAGCUCGGGUGCAGGCCAGGACUCGCAUUCCUUGUAGGACCAGCUCGCAUUGGCACAGCCUUUGCGGAUAAAACUCCGGGUGGUGGUUGCCUCGCCACGCUUUUGCAGGGCCAAGUUCAUCGAUAG